AUGGCACCUGGUAUCAUUAAUGACCCGCCCAGCGAGGAACUUGCAACUCAGAGCUCCAAGGCCGAGUUCCCACCUACUCUCUACCGCAAUGUAGAUGAGGCAUCACUCCGGGAAAAGACUGAAAGGCAUCUACUCUACUAUGGCACAAGCUUCAACAAGGAUGUAAUUUGCGGCGCCAAGGGACUUUACAUCUACACAGCAUCAGGACACAAGAUAUUGGACUGGACUUCUGGUCAAAUGUCGUGUCUCCUCGGCCAUGGUCACCCAGAGAUUGUCAAGACAAUCGCCGACCACGCAGCUAACCUCGACCAUUUAUUCUCUGGUAUGGUUUCACCUCCUGUCAUAUCACUUGGAGAGAGGCUCUGCAAUCUGCUCCCGCACGGCCUAGGCAAGGCAUUCUUCCUCUCGACUGGCGGCGAGAGUAACGAAGCCGCCAUCAAGAUGGCAAAAGUGUUUACUGGCAAAUUUGAGAUUGUUGGACUAGGUGCCAGCUGGCAUGGUGUCACGGCACAGGCUCUAGGCACACAAUAUCACUUUGGAAGAAAGGGCCAGGGUCCUCUGAUGCCCGGCAUGCACAUGCUACCUCAACCCAAUGCAUACCGUUCCGUGUUCCGACGAACCGAUGGUUCCUAUGAUUGGGAAGCUGAGCUCGAGUAUGGCUGGCGGAUGAUUGACAUGGCAUCGUGCGGUUCUCUCGCUGCUUGCAUUGUGGAGCCCAUCCAAUCUUCCGCCGGCAUGCACGUUCUUCCUACUGGCUAUUUGAAAGCUCUCAAGAAGCACUGCGAGCAAAGAGGAAUGCUUCUUAUUGUGGACGAGGCUCAGACCGGAGUAGGCAGAUGUGGAGAUCUCAUGGCAAUCAUUCAUGAUGAUGUUGUUCCUGACAUUUUGACUCUGAGCAAAACUCUAGGCAACGGACUUCCACUCAGCGCUGUCGUGACAAGUGCCGAGAUCGAAAGAGUCUGCAUGGAGAGAGACUAUUGUUUCUAUACCACCCAUGUCAACGAUCCUCUUCCAGCAGCAGUGGGAGACAAGGUGCUGGAAAUUGUGGUAAGGGACAAUCUGGUAUCGCAUUCAAAAGACCUUGGCAACGUUCUCUAUGCUGGAUUGAAAAAGCUAGAGAGCAGAUACGGGUGUAUCGGUGACAUUCGAGGACGCGGUCUGAUGGCUGGUAUCGAAAUUGUCGCGGAUCGAAGCACAAAGCAGCCUGACCUUGAUGUCGCCAAGAGGAUAGGCAACAAGGCAUAUGAAUUGGGUGUUUGGGCAAACCUGAGCAGCCAUCCAAGUUUUGGCGGCACAUUCAGAAUUGCGCCUCCCAUCACCAUCACAAGGGAACAACUAGAGUUUGGUUUGGAGGUUCUAGAAAAGGCAUUUGCAGCUACGCCUGGAAGCCAACCCCUCUACUAG